AUGCAGGAACAGGACUGGAUCCGGAUCUUCCAGGAGAAGAUCGAAGAACUGGACAGAGGAGACAGCUGGGGGAUAGAGUUUGAUGAUACCAUUGUAGGCGGCAAACUAGCCAGUGGUUGGCAGCAGUACAUCCGCAGCACUUUUGGGAGGUUCACAUGCUCCAAAUGCAAGAAGGGCUGGCCCUCUAAAAGGGUGACAGUACUGUUCCAUAUGUGCCUGAGGAGCCGGGAUCAGUGUGGAACAGUCAAGGCACGCCUCUUCAAGCAGCAAUGCAGGAGGUGCAAGGAUGCCCCCUUUGAGGAGCCCCACCUCAAGGUGGAAAACGUGGAGGUCCUGCUGGAGAAGCUGAUGGAGAAGAUCCGCAUUAAAUGCUAUAGAGAGGACCUGGGUCAGAGGAACCGGCACUUCCACUUUGAUGGGAGGGUGGAUGGGCCGCAUGAGACCGCCCACUGCGAGGCCUGCCUUCAGGGUAUCUGCACUAAGGGAAGUUGA